AUGCCAGUCGUGCAGCAGCAGCAGCAGCAGCAGCAGCCUGCUUUAUGCUUCCUUGGGGUCUUCUUCACGGGUCCCUGCAGCGAAGAGGGAGGAUCAUUCGGGUGCUGGCAUAGACAAGCAAACACCAAGGUCGACUCUCGGACUGUGUACAAGGUAUCUAGAGAUGAACAUGAGCAAGGUAGGCCAAAAGACAAGGACAUCUCGGACCAUAACACGAACCACUUUUGCGCGAUGAUUGUGGAUUAUGGAGAUUCGGAGACUGUCAGGCUGAUGAUGGACGACAGGGACGAGGAGGUCAGCCACAAGGAAGUGAGGAGGGAUUCAGAGAGGAGCACAAAGAGAAGGAGGGCGAUUGAGGGCCGACUCCAGCAAAAAAACAUCCUGGCGGGGGCUGGUGGAGUCUGUCGGGUCAUCGGCGAUUAG